GUAGCGAUUAAGUAGGUUGACCGCCCUAUUACACCCAAAUUACUAACAGCCGGAACUCUUCAGAGAACCAUGAAGUUACAACUGUUCUUAUACACAAACAAGAAUAAUACCAAGUGAGAUAUUCUUUUCAUCUGGACUACACAUCCUUUUACUCUUAAGUUGAGGAUUGAUGGGAACAAUUUGGAGAUUGAACGGACGUCGGAGCGGUGUUUCGGGUUUUGCGUUAUGGCUAGGUUUGGAGCCAAGGUUAGGGAACUGCGAUUUCUCGUUGCCCAGACUGCUCCUUCGAGCUCUGGAAUUAGGGAUUUUAUUUCACGUCACUAUCUGUCUCUAAAAACUGCUAAUCCUCAUGUGAAGUUUAUGAUUCGUGAAUCAGAAGGGAUCACACCAAAAGUGUUCGCUCGUUAUGAGAUGGGGAAGGAAGACUGCAUUUCAGUGGCAAAUAACACAGCUGAUGAUAUAAUUUCGAAACUUAAGACUCUAGAUCGAGUAUAAAAUGUUUUUUUGUAACGAUUCUACGUAAAUUAGUUUAUAAUUAAUAACUUUGAGGAUAAAUAGCAUUGUUGACAGCUUUAUUCGUUUCUGUCAGUGAAAGAAACAUUUAACUCGUUGAAAUAUAAAUCAAUUAUCGGUGAACUUAUGUUUUAAAACUCAAGGGUUUCGUGAAUGUAAAGUUCUAAUCCCAGAUUAGUUCACUAGAAAAAACGGCAAAGUAUUUUUCAAGGAAUAGAUGUAGCGGGUUAACAUUCUCGCCCAAUAGGGGAUCGUUUCUGAUUGCUUAAUUUAUCAGCAAAUCGCAUGAAAAAUCUAUUACGAGGAAUAUUCUUCACAUUGCAGAUUAAACAAAUGGUGGUAGGCUGUCACAUGAAGAUGUUGGAUGUAUUUGAGCUGUAAGUCGUUCACAAAUCCAUGGAUGUCUUGGAAAUUGCCAUAUGGAGGUGUCAAAUAUGUUGACUAUUGAGUUAUAAUCGCGCUGAUAUUUAUGAUGGGAAUCGCAUUUAUGGUGAAGUAACACUAGAUUAACUGUUUCUGUUUUUUUCUUUUACAAGGAAUUCAAGGUAAAUAUAUGUAUAGAAAAUUUAAAUUAUUCACAUAAAACUGAUUAUGGCUUUUGGGAAAUUCUGAGUUCCUGUUAGGUUUUUCGUGACUUCAGGUGAAUCAGUAGACCGAAAUGGACUUAAUUUUUGCAAUAUGUUCAUUUGUAAAACUGCUAACAAGUUUACGUAUAUUGACUACUUUUCAACAAGGAGUGAUAACUGUGUUACAUAUAGUCUAAUGACCAUUCUCAAAGUACUAGAUCAACGUUGCUUAUCGCAUGUAUGCUACUUAUAAGAUUUUAGUAUGGGUCUUUUAUCCGUAACUCGUUUUCCCUUAGAAAAAGUUCAUAUUUCGUUAUUUUUAGGUAUACUACUUAUUGUACAACUCAAGUGUCUGUAAUCGAAAGUCUUCGAAAUCGUAGUUUUUAAGGUUCGUUUGUAAGACUAAUUCAUGGACCCGCCUUGAGCGGCGCUAAUAUGAGCUUGAAAAAUGUCGUCUGCUUACUAGGAUUAAAAAGAGCUAUAAAUUAGUGUAAUAUAUCAGAAUCGGGAUCUAUAAUUAGAAGUUAGGGUUAGGAAUUAGAGUAAGGAUUUUCAUCACGAACUGACAUUAUCUAUAACGCUAGAAUGCUAUUUAGCCAUAUAAAUGAAUGGAUUUCGCGCCAAAAUUCAAGACUCACCAUCGUAAAUGUGAUUGGUUCGUCCACAAAUUAUAGUCUCGUCGUUGGUAAAUGCUCUAUAUUAUCAUGAAUUACGGGCUUCAUGUAUCAAGUCCUGUCUUUACUACCUUGACAUCUAAGUCACUUGUAUAGAUCAGAUAUUCACACUACGCCAGGUUCUAGAA